UUUGCUACUUGGGUAACGGGCAUCGCAGCACAGUUCGCCAAACGUCAGCUUCGCUUUGUCUGCCGGGCCCGUGGAAAAGCGAUGCAACAUUGACCAACCGUGCGCACAGCGUUCUUCGUGUUGCAAAAAACGAACAUGGCUGCCGUGUGGAAAAUUUUUGCCGUCGAUUUUGUCAAUAUUAAACAAGUUUCUCGAAUUGGACCUCAAGCGAGACGACCGUUCUGAACAAGUGCAACUCGACUAAAAGGUGUUAGUGUUUGUUUCAUUUCGCUUCCGGUGCGUAACGGUGCGUCCAGCAGCGUAUCGUGCAGCGAUUAUUAUUAGGCAAUUGACCAUCUCGGUGACGAACACAACUACGACGACGUUCGCGACAUUGCGCGAAUACGACGAAAAACAAGCAAGAAAGAUCCAUCUUCCCGUGCAGGCUGAGUCAGUGGUGAAAAAAGUUAAUCCGGAAGAGCGCCUGGGACGGACCAAAAUCCCGUCCAGCUUUGGUUGUUUGGUGAAAUUCAGUAAUGGCGUGUUUUGUUUCCUUCGCUGCACUGCCAAUGACCUAGAGUAUUUGCAUUUGAUGGUUAAAUGCCAUCAGCUGCCGAGGCGCCACUGUUCCGCACUUCCCCCGAAGCCUUCCGUCGUCAUCGACGGCGCUAGCAGUGACAGCAGUGUGAGACUUCGCACACGGACGGAGCAUACGACUGGAGAGAAGAAAGUUGGGCACAAUUUUUGUUCCACUGCGUUUUGGCCCCUAAAACGGGGUAGUUUGAGAGGGUGGGGGGAAGAUUCGGAAUUGCAUGGUGUGCUCAUUCGUAAUUGUCGACGCAUAGAGUGUGUGGUCAGUGUGUGUGUGUGCGUAAUACAUGCGUGCGUCGUGCAGCGGUGUGUGUGCGAUGAAUGAAAAACGUCAGUGCAUUUGACAGAAGAAGUUUUCCAUUAGCCAGUGCCAGCAUAAGCAGCAGCACCAGCAGCAGCAGUUCGAAGCAAGCGAACGUGUAAAACCAUGCACGUAAAGCACUGUAAAAGUGAAUAGUGUGCGUUGAAAUUGUGUGAGAGAGAAAUGCAAACAAAGUGAAUAAGAAUAAGCGCUCGUCGGAAGCAGCAAUCGUCGAUAGCACCCCUCGCGUUAUGUGCUGAUGGGUGGUCACAAAAGUCAGCACAAGAGUUGUGUGACCAAAGUGCGUCCCCAAACUCGGAUCCCGUGAUGUAAACCCGUUCCCGUUUUAUAGGUGUCGCCCAUUUCAGCAACAGCGGUGGGAUCAGCAGCAACAACAACAACAAAUUCCUUGAAUGAAUGCGUGAACAAAAAAUCUGUUUUCCUCCGGACGACGGAUCGUUUGCCGUUGGUGAAAAGUGUCCUAGAAGAAGCGAAUCAACGCUGCAAUGGAAUAAUCGAUCCCUGGGUGGAGGUGACACACACAACAAAGAUUUUCCAGCUGUCAGUAAAAGUGUUUACUAGAUUGGUGUGUGAGAAGAGCCCACCAGACAACCGCCGCGUAAUUCAUACACACACAACGCACUACCGCACACUACCACCCCCGAAUAGCCAGCCCAUCUUGUCUGGUGCGUACUCGUCUGGUGUCAAAACAUCCGAUCGACAAAACACGUUUUUGCUAAGGGGUAUCGUGACACGAAGAAUCGGGCAGAUUGCGCGUCUGUGUGUGCGUGCGUGUGUGUUUCCGUAUUUUCGUGCGCUUGUGUGUAUGUGUUAGUGGUAUUCGGUAUAACUGGCCGUAAAAACACCUCCUCGGUACGUGUGUAGUCGGUGCGUAGUAUCAUCGUUCGCGUAGAAUUGGUGCGUAAGUGCGUCCAUAAUCGGUGCAACAAGAGUCCGCAUUCCGGCUUCCAAUUCCCGGACCGUGAGGGAUCUGGAACGACGGAUACACGGGCAGAUGAGCAGAAGCAGUAGUAUGGCCGAAAACACGGUCUCCAACAAUCUACCGCCGUCGUCGGCCCAAUCAAAGGUCACGGUUGGAGGGGGCGGCGCUACUGCGGGCGGGGCAGGCGGAAUGCAUCAUCAUCACCAUCAUCACCAUCAUCAUCACCACAAUCACCAUAAGUCAAUGGACAUGGGCGGAACGGGCAAGGCGGGAGGUGGCGGCAGUAAACAUCACACUAAUGUAAUUCACCGGACUACGAGUGAAAGUUUACGAUUGGGUGGUGGAGGAGCUGGGGGCGGCUCAUCAAUGAACAACAGUGUGAGCGGCAGCGGCGGUGGCGGUGGAACAACGAUGGGAACUGGAGGCAGCGGUGGGACCGGGAACAUGGGAAGCAAUGAAAACUCUGUCAGCAGUGGUAUGCUAAAUUCGUCCUCAUCGGCGAACAGCAUUUCGCGGAAGAGUGCCAGCUCGUCGGCAAGCGGUGGUGGUGGCGGUGGUGGAGCGAGUCACGGGGGAGCUGGCGGAGGAAUUGGUGGUGCUACUGGUGCCGGUGGCAAAACGUCGUCCUUUACGAUCACGUCGGUGAUCGUCGGUCCGGGAAAGCACAGUGCGGACAACGGGGACGAUUCGGCGGACGAUCUGGACGAGUCGCACACCGAUGACAAUAGCCGGAUAACGGACUUUGAGAAUGAAACGCCCAGCUUUUCGGAGGACACUUUCAGCAAGGAGGACGUGUUUUUCACGAACGCGAUCGGAAGUGUGCCAGUCAUUCCGACAAGUUCGCAAUACGGGUUGGCGAUCGUGGCGCCGAACGAUCGAACGCACGGUGGAGAGGUGCUGGCGGAUGCGAUGCACGUCAGCGUUACAGACGGUGGCAUUAACAUAAUGGGACAUGGCAAGGGUGAAAUGAGCGACGGAAAGGAGCUACACCAUCGGAACGAGCGGUUUAAGGUGGUCAAAAUUGAGAGUACCGAACCGUUCAAGCGAGGCCGGUGGGUGUGUAUGGAUUAUCUCGAUCAUACAACGUUGCAGCAGCCGAAAGAAAUCUCUACCGGUGCGGAGGGAAACGAUGCCGGCGGUGGUACCAAUGCGUCCGUCACGACGCAAGAUAGUGGCGUUGGGAUGAACGAUAACGCUAGUUUCGCACCGUCGGACGGGACAACUACUGGCGAGAUGGGCAGUGUGGACUACCACCCGAACGCGGUCAGCUCAUCUUCGGUCGUGGUGGGCAGCUCCGUGGCCACAUCGACGUCGACCAACACCGCUUCUAAUGUGAGCAGCGUCGUUCUCGGAAUGCUAAACAACGAAUCUCCCGGACAGAGUCUAAAUCUUUCGCUUGCUGGUGGUAACUCGGGUGGAGCUGCCGUCACCGCUGGAAACACUACUAGUCACGUGCAGUCUAAUGCAACGGGCCCGGGCACCGGCACAGUUGGUGGUGCCCAGGGAAUACCGCACAGUUUACCUCAGUCGCAGCUUCAGAAUGCGCUGGCGGGCCAGCAACAACAGCAGCAACCGAACGCCGCAUACUCGCAAGCACAGCAAGGACAAUCCCAAUACUAUCCCCACACGAUGACGAAUCUGGCCGACCUGAGUCAACAGUCUGUGUCGAACCCGCAAGCACAUCAACACCACCAACACGGUGCUACUCUUCCAAGCAACAUGCAAAUGCAUCCCCAACAGCCUCCUCCCCAGCAGCAGCAGCAGCAGCAACAACAGCAACCCAACAACACCGCUGUCCCUUCCAGCAACAUUCUUCCGCCACUGGUCGCACCCAUCCCAACAUCACAAGAGAUGAACAUAAUCAUCAACAAUCCGACCAUCCAAUCGAGCUUCCCGUCGCCCCACCAGCAGUUUAAGCCACAGCAACCGCCCCAGCAAGCUGCCUCCCAAACGAACUCACCCGUCGUCGUACCCACAUCCCUGAUCGACAACACCACCGUUCCGGGCGUACCCGGGGAGAGCGUUCCUCUGAACAGUGCCAACGCUGGUACGAAUAUCCUUUCCCCGUCGGCCGGCUCGGGGAAUGCAGUGUCUGCCUUGUCGACAACCGGAGGUGUAAGUGCUCACGAUACAGCUGGCUCUGUAUCGAUCGCCACGGAUCCGAUGAUGAAUGCCUCGCCAUCAGCCACCUCAUCCCCGGUGACUUCGUCCGGUCAGAUAAUUCCACAAUCGACAGCGUUCGCACCUGCGCCAGGUGCCGGUGCUUCUGCCACUUCCAUCGGUGAUCCCUCCACCGUACAGAACACGGCGGCUCCCAAUUCCGUUACUGGCAGCAGCAACAACAGCAACGCUGCCGUCGGUGGUAGCACCACCACGAACGGCGGUACCGUCGCGGCCGGAUCUCCGUCGUCCAACGGUGCUAUCGGCUCAACUAAUACGAUCCCCGUUGCGCCGGGCUCUGGAAACUCGGUGGCCGAUCAGCUGUCGUCGGAAGCGAAACUAUUGUCGGCGGUUUCUGGCGUUACGACCGGAACCGUUUCCGGUGAUGGGGAGGACCCCGAUAAGGCGAACGCUGAAGAUGGUGAAAGCAGCGGGUUGCAGGCGCAGCAGCAGUCGCACCAACUGCAGUCUCUGCCUUCCGCACAGCAACAGCAACAGCAGCCUCAAUUAAGCGCAAAUCUUUUCCCUGAUGCGAACGCAUCGAAUGACAGCUUCCAGAAUGCUUCCCUAGACAGAAGUGUAAUGCUGGCAGCCCAGCCGCCACAGAUAGCUCAGCAGUCCCAGCAAAUGCCGCCGCAACAGUAUCAACAGUUUCAUGCUCCGCUGUACCACGAUAAUGCAGAGAAACUAUCGAAAGCAUACUCACUGCCCCCGUCCAUGAGUGCCGCGGCAAAAGAAUCGCUUCGGAAGGAACUAGCCCAAAGUCGGCUAGAACAGCAGCAGCAGCAGCAGCACGCACGCAAAUUUCAACCUGUUGCACGCGCUUUCAAUGUUGUUACCUCUAGCAGCACGGCCGGGUCUCCUAAUUCACCCAGCACCACGAACGUUUCGAGUCAGGGCAACACCAGCAACAUCUACACCGAUAUUGCACUGGGCAAAAGCAUCCAAAACCUCAUGAAACCCACACCUAUACUGGCGACAGCAGUGGCCAAUCGCUUGGCCGGCGGAUCCUUGACGCGUUCGAUCGGUUCGCUUGGGCCUUGCCGGGAGCUGCCGGAAGGCCAGGAAGCGACGGGCUAUUGUCGAGCCGCAAGCAGCCUACUGGGCAACUUCACCGGCAGCAACAGCGUGAGCGCGUGCACGGCCACGCAUCCGCAUCGUUGUGUGCAAGAUUUGAUCAAAGAGGAGCUGGGCGGCAGCCGGCUGAGCAAAGCGGGAAGCAUGAUUAAUAUGAGCACUGAUUCGGAUCUGUUUAGCGGUGGCGGUUCACAGUCGCAUCCUGCCUCGGGCCGCUCGAGUCCAGCGUUCAUUCAUGGCACAACACCGGUCGGUAGUCCCCCACGAUUCCUGAACACCCUCGGUCCUUCGUAUAGUGGUGGUGGAGGAAGUGCCCGCGCAAGCAGAGCUCCCUCGCCUUCCGUUCUUCACGCAAGCGCCGGUGGCGAACACGCAAGUGCUUCGGGAACAAGUGCGGUCGCCAUCGAUAACAAAAUCGAGCAAGCAAUGGAUCUGGUCAAAUCGCAUCUUAUGUUUGCCGUUCGCGAAGAAGUUGAAGUACUGAAGGAAAGGAUAUCGGAGCUAAUGGAUCGCAUUAACCAGCUCGAGUACGAGAACAACAUUCUCAAAGCGAACGCAUCACAGGAAACACUAGCGCAACUGACUACCGGUGGCAGUAGCGUGGCAGCAGCGGCGGCAGUCGCAGCAGCAGCCGCGGCUGCAGCAGCAGCAGCGCAACAGCAGCAGCAGCAACAGCAGCAGGUCACAACCGCCCCUGCCGCCAAUGCCGGUUCCACCAAAGUACCAACCUCCUCGGCUAACCCUGCCAACGGUUCUGUUUCCUAAGCUUAGCGUUCCAAAACAGCCGUUAGACGUACACUUGACAUAAAGACUAUUAUUACUACUACUACUACUACUACUACUACUACUAACCGCAGCAAGUAGCAUCAUCACUGAGAGCAUCAUCGUAUGCGCGUAUAGAGAAGCGCCAGAUAUUUCGCGUUUGGGUACCCGUGCUCUGCACUACUCGAAACUCUACGUGAGCAAAACUACGGGUUCGACGAUCCUACGGUUUUGCAAAGCUUCUUCCCUAGUCCCAGCGGGUAUCUGACUCUCUGUGAUUGUUGAAGUGAGGCGGACAGACAGAAGUGUUCCCACUCCGACUCUGGUUGUCUCCCGGUCGAGGGGCCUAGCGUGAGCGGCGAUGCUUACCGAAACGGCAACUUCAAUUCCAAGUCCCUGUUAGUAUUAACGUUUGUGCACACCAGACCCACCAGAUGAUCUUGUUUGCACAUAAACUCGACAGGCGGACAUUGCGUCUGCCGUCGUUCGGGUUGCGGAAUUGUUGCAGCAAGCAGGAAUGAACUACAUAGACGCACCUACGCAACACGGAUAUGUAUGCGCAUAAGCCUAAGGAUCUGCAAAAGAGGACAGGGUGCGUAAACGCAAAUUCGCGACUGCGAACGAUAGCGCCAAAUGACGCCAAACGCACUGGAAAUUGAAGCGCAAUGAUGCGGCCCCGUGGCGUGUGUGAACGACGAAGCACGAAAAGUGAAGGAAGAAACCCCGAAAAGGAAUCUAACAUAAUGUUGCCAAUGGUAGUUGAAAAAAUAGCCAAGCAUUCUCAAGCCCCGUAUGAAGCGUAGCGUACCACUUCGUAGAAGUAGGGAGGGUAAGGUAAUGUUUGUUGGUUUAUAAAGCUGAGCCAUUGACCACCGCUGGACAAACAAAAAAAAACACAGGCAUCGAGUAAAACAGCGAGGAGGCAACCUUUAACGUAAAAGUGCAGGCCUAUGUUGUUGAAGCAGUAGAGGAAAUACCGAAAUGCACAGUUGUCUAAAUUUUAUAUGUGGUAUAGCUUGCGCACGAAAUAAAUGCAGCCAGACAGUGAGAGAGAGAGAGAAGGAGAGCGAGCAAUUGUGUGUAGCAGUGGAUGGAAAGACAAACGGUUAGCGAAACGUAACACAGAACGCGCGGAAAGAAGCCAACAAACGGAACUGAGAUACGUUAAAAUGUGAUUUAAUGAUAGGAAGUGACUAGUAGUGACAAGUGAAUAAGGCAAAGUGUUGUUGUUAGUGGAAAACGCCGAACGCAUCCAUACAUUUAGCCGACUCCCAAAGCAAGUAGGUUAUAACAAACAGAAAAAAUGCACCGGAGAGUAAUAAACGAACGCCGUAAAACGUAUGCUGGUCGUAACGCAGCAUUAUCCAAA